CUUUACUCUCCCCCUUCCCUACAUUCAUCCCUUGACUAUCACUAUACCUACCGACUUUCGUAUAGGGAAGACGUCUUUUAUCAACACAAAAGAAACAGCGAAGAAUGCUGGAGAGACCACGGAUUGCAAUCCCCGGCUGUGGCACUGUCGAGGGCAUCCAGGCCGAAUCUCAGCCAAAUGUUGCAAAGUUCCUAAACAUUCCCUACGCAACUAUUCCACAGCGCUGGCGUCCAGCUGCGAGAGCCUCUGCAUGGCAAGAAAUCCGCGACUGCUCUGUCCUUGGACCUGCAUGCCCGCAACCUGCCAACGACAACCCGCUUGCGAAUCUCACUAAUGACCUUAAGACGGCUGAGGCACUUACAAGCAUCCAUUAUUCAGAGGAGUAUUGCCUUAAUCUGAAUAUAUAUGCGCCUCUUGAGCAUUUGACGAAGGCACAGACAUUGAUUCCGGUCAUGGUCUGGAUACACGGCGGAGGAUUCUUGAGUGGAUCGAAUGCCCUGCCUAUAUAUGAGGGCACAAAUUUUGUGGCGCGAUCGAUUCAACUGGGAAGACCUGUUAUUCUGGUGACCAUCAACUAUCGUCUCAAUUAUCUGGGCUUCCUGUCCUCUCGAGAACUGGUGCAAGAUGUUCAUUCGCCAGGUCAAGAUCCAGGAUUAAACAAGAGUGUCGGCAAUUGGGGCCUACUAGAUCAAAAGAUGGCGCUGGAGUGGGUCCGGGAUCACAUUCAUGUCUUUGGCGGAAACGCAGGAGAUGUUACAGUAUUCGGAGAAUCAGCGGGGGCGACCUCGAUCGCCUAUCAUUUAUUGAUCCCAGAGCACCAUGGCCUUUUUCAACGGGCGAUCUUGCAGUCUGGCGCAACAACGACUAUGGCUGCUGGUAGAGCAGAGAUUGAGGGACAGCGAUAUUUCGAUCAUCUAUGCGGAUACUUCAAACUAGAACACUUGACUGGAGACGAGAAGGUUGAUCGGCUCAGGGCCAUCCCUGCGACAGAGCUCGUCAAAGCAGGAGAUAGGGGGAAAGUGGGCAUGUUUAUUCCGACGAUUGAUGGCGUACUCAUCAAGGAAGAUGCCCGGGGCACAGUCCAUGAUCCCGCAAGUUACGACCCAGGUCUGAAGGCUGUGAUGUUAGGCGAUUGUGGCGAUGAAGGUCAGGCUUUUGUGCCCGUCCUUGGAGCCAGGCGUAUGAAGCGGUGGGAAAAAUUCCUGGCGAGGUAUUGUCCUCCAACCGAAGAGGACCGCAAGGCGUUCGAAGCGAUCUAUGGGAUACCAACGACGGAUAAGGAGUCCAGAAAGAUCUCAGCAGAGGUGCUCAGCGAUGCAGUGUUCGGAUACCCGAUCCACGCGACCAGCGUAGCGUUGAUGAAGGCCCUAGGUCCAGAGGAAAACACAGGUUGCAAGGACAACAAAUCGACAACAGAGCUGGAGAUGGUCCGGUUUCACUUUGAUCGACCUCUAAAGCUCUUGGACGACAUGGGUCUACGCGUACUUGGAGCCUAUCACGGAUCGGAAUUGCCGUAUGUCUUUGGUUCGGAUUCCUCUCUGUUGACCCUCUCAUCUGAGGAGAAGCAGCUCUCGCAACGGAUGAUGGACCUGUGGAUAUUAUUUGCGUGGGGCGAAACUAGUCGACAGUAUGGCCUACGACAUGGCCUACGCUCUCUGUUACCAAGAGAUGCAACCGUUUCUGGUGGGCUUGGGGGUGGCGGACUGUGGCAAGAAGCCAUUGUGUUUACAGCGGACUGCACAUUGGAGAGAGGGUGGACAGAGCGGAUGGGACAGAGAAAGGCUGAAUUCUGGUCUCGGUACGAGCAGUGGAUUCGAAAGAGGCGUGCUAACCAAUAUGCCGCCUUCAUCAAGAUCUCCCAAACUAAACUGUGA